GGCGGGGCCCGGUGUUCCCAGCUCGCUCCGCACCGCCCGGGAGCUCCGGCCGCCCUUGGGGCGCAGGCCUCGAUCAGAGGUAAUUGCGAGAACACAGAGCUUACCUAAACAGUGGCUUUGGUUGACAAAUAAGAAUAUCAGAUGGCGUCUGGGGAUUUCUGUUCACCUGGAGAAGGGAUGGAAAUACUCCAACAAGUGUGCAGCAGGCAGCUUCCUCCUUGUAACCUGAGUGAAGAGGACCUGUUACAGAAUCCACACUUCAGCAAACUGCUGCUGAGCCUCUCACAACACGUGGACGAGAGUGGCUUAAGCCUCUCCCUGGCAAAGGAACAGGCUCAGGCAUGGAAGGAAGUUCGACUGCACAAGACAACAUGGCUGAGGUCUGAGAUUUUACAAAGAGUCAUCCGAGAGCUGCUUGUGGACUACUAUGUGAAGAUACAAGACACAAAUUUAACUUCUGAGGACAAAAAGUUUCAUGAGACCCUUGAACAGCAGCUACUUGUGACUCAACUAACGCAGCUCUUGGGCCCCAGCCCGGAGAGGGCGACGCCUCCGCUGCUCGGACUGGAGAAGGCGGACCUGCUGGAGCUCAUGCCGCCCGCAGAGGAUUUUGUGUGGAUGAGAGCUCGGCUCUCACUGGAAGUGGAGGAGCAACUCAAGAAGAAAUGCUUCACUCUGCUUUGCUACCAUGAUCCUAAUUCCGAUUCAGAUCAUGAAACCCUGAAGGCAGCAAAGGUAUGGAAACUGGCAGAGAUCCUGGUGAGUGAGAAGCAGCAGUGCCAGGAUGCCAAGAGCCAGCAGAAGGAGCAGGUGGUGCUGCUGGAGAAGAAGAGAGCCACCUACUCCCAGGUGCUUCUCCGCUGCCUCGCCUUACUGCACAGAUUGCUUCAGGAGCACCGGCUGAAGACUCAGUCUGAGCUGGACCGCAUCAAUGCCCAGUACCUGGAGAUCAAGUGUAGUGCCAUGAUCCUUAAGCUGAGGAUGGAAGAGCUAAAGAUUUUGUCUGACACUUACACGGCUGAGAAAGUAGAAGUUCAUCGUCUCAUUAGGGACCGUUUGGAGGGGGCCAUUCGGCUACAAAAACAGGACAUGGAGAAGUCCCGACAGGUCCUCAACACCUAUGAGGUCCUUGGGGAGGAGUUUGACAAGCUGGUAAAGGAGUACACCCAGCUCAGGCAGGCAGCUGAGGACAGGCGCUGGGCACUCCAGGAGUUCAACAAAGCCUGCCGCUGAACGGUGGCGGCCAGGAGGCACGGCCUGUGCCCUGGCACUGCUCCCUCUUCCUGCCAAGGACCACCUCCGCCUGGGACCGUGCUCGCUCAGGGAGUGAGGGGACACUUCCUGCCGAAGGACCACCUCCGCCUGGGACCGUCUUCCCUCAGGGAGUGGGGGGGGGGGGGGGCGCACUUGCUCGAAACACUGCCGUCAUUUAGGCACCCUCCUUGUUUAUAACGACUGAGUCUCUGCUGGACAAUGCAGCCGAUUUAUAUAAAUUUAUGUACAGCUAUUUUUCAGUGUUGGCCCUGUAUUGUAUUUUAUUAUCUCCUGAAUAAAGUGAUAAUAUUGAGUCUUAG